CUUGAAGUUGAUUUCGCUUUCAUUUUUUCACUUUUGGACGGUCACUAUCUUAUUCCCCCGGCUUCCAAGUUAAGGGCAUGCCUUUGAUCCAUUGAGCGACAGCCUUUCCACACGGAACUCCCGGAUCAAUAUGGCCAACUUCGUCUAUGUCCAACCAGUCGGUCAUCUAUCUCUCUCUGUUUAACUUGAAUUCUAAGUUUGAUUUUCUCUAGCCCCCUUUGAAUCAUUAGAGAGUAUCUUCAUUUCUUUCCACUCAAACAUCAUAAACUUAAAUGCCCACCUCCAAAUUUGAAUCAUUAAUACCAUCACAACUGUGAUUACUUCAAGUUUUUUUCUCAUACCACCACUCUGAACUGGACUUAAUUCCUGCACAAUACCAUCACCAAUGGGAUGCCACUCGUGUUGUGUGAAGCAGAAGCUAAGGAGAGGUCUAUGGUCACCAGAAGAAGAUGAGAAACUGUUCAAUUACAUAACUAGAUUUGGUGUUGGUUGCUGGAGUUCAGUUCCUAAACUAGCUGGUUUGCAAAGGUGUGGAAAGAGUUGCAGACUUAGAUGGAUAAACUACUUGAGGCCUGAUCUUAAGAGAGGAAUGUUCUCACAGCAAGAGGAGGAUCAUAUACUUGGCCUCCAUGAAGCUCUUGGGAACAGGUGGGCACAAAUUGCAGCACAGUUACCAGGAAGAACAGACAAUGAGAUAAAGAACUUUUGGAACUCAUGUUUGAAGAAGAAACUAAUUAAGCAAGGUAUUGAUCCAAACACCCACAAACCAUUGAUUGAAACAGAAGCAAGAAGUGAGAAGGAUUGGACAGACAAUCCAUCAAUGGAGUCACAACAGCCUAAAGGGCUUCCAGAUUUAUCAAAGACCUCAGCUGAAAUGGAGCAGACAUUUCAUUUGAACACAACCAUUUGCUUUGAUAGUAGAUUAACAGAAGCUUCAAGAGACCAUUUCAUGAGCAAACCAAUCUAUGAUCCUUCAUACUUAUUUGAGUUCCAAGUGGGAAAUCUUCCAACUCAAUACCAGAAGAGUCCAAGGCCUUAUGAUCAAAGCCAUUUCGACGCGAAUCUGGAAGAUGAAUUUGAUUCAAUGCCAACCUUAACAAGCAGUUUUGAUCAUGGAAACAUGGCUGAUUCAAAUUUUUCGGAUUAUUCGACUUCAAGAAUGAGUUCAUUCCUCAGUGAAGCAAAGGAAAGUUCAAGUAAUAGCUCUCAUGUCAAUAGUCAUGCAAUGAGCAACAUAGUAGGAAAUGGCUCUACUUUCUCUUGGGAUGUUGAUAACAAGUUAGAGUCAUUGUUUCAGGGCCAAUUGAAUGGGAUCAAAUCUGAAGAAGUGAUGCAAAGUCCAUUGCAAGAAGGGCAACUUCAUACUUGCCUUUCAGAAGAUUUCAGCAACCAUCCAUUGAUGUCACUAUCAGAAGAUUUCUCUGGGGAACACCAUUUCUGAACUGCAAAUAAGACGUUUUUCUCUGGGGAACACCAUCUCUGAGAAACGUUCCAACUAUGUGUUAUUUGUGUUGUAAUUUAUUAUUAUUUAUUUCAAAAUACAUAAUAUUUUGUGGUGUAAAAUUAAGCGUAAUUUGAAUUAUCUAAUUUAAAGCCGUUGUAAGAAAGCCGUUGAAAUUGCCGGCGGUUGGAACACGUCUAACUGCCAAAAGGUG